AUGUGGGACGUUGUUGAGCAAAGAAACUACAUUCCCCUAGAUCAAGCUGGCAACAAGAAACCCAGAGCACAAUGGACUGAAGAGCAAAAGCAAAGAUUCGUGCUGAACUCCAAAGCACACAAUGCGCUCAUGUGUGCUCUAUCUGAAGAGGAAUACACUAAAGUUCACAGCUUCAGAAGUGCCAAACAAAUUUUACCCAGAAAAUGGAGACCACAAGUCACUACUUUCAGAGCAUCCAAAAAUAUGGAAAAUCUCUCUCUAGAGGAACUCAUUGGACUCCUUAAAGUUCAUGAGCUGGAGUUACAACAAGAUGAUGCUGGGAGAAAAUAG